GAUGACUCGUAAUGAGCAACAGUUCGAACAACGAUCUCAUCGACCUAAAAGGGCAUUAUCAAAAACCAGUGACGACAAUGUUUUAGGGAUUUCUUGGAAAGAAGAACAGGAAUUACGCAAAGCCAUGUAUGUUUCUCUUAGAGAUCAACAACAAACAAAUUCGGAUUCCAGUCCUUGCAAUCACCUCAUGACUUUACGUUUCCAAUUGGUAAAACAACCAAGUAUAUCAGGACCUAGCAGUGCGAAAUUGGGUUUAGCGAAGCCACGGUCAACCAUUCAGUUUAAACAUUCUAGAAAACAAAUUCGCCCGAAAUUUGUCUCUGCGAAUACCAUCUUUCCUAAAACUAGAAACGCUUCCGAGAGUUCUCCGAAUAAAGAAGUAUUAAAAUGUGAUUCAAACAGCAAUAAAACAAAUGUUGAAUCAACUGAUGACAAUCACAAACCAUAUGUUGUAAAUACUUCACAAAACACUAGCCACAUUUGCUUACGAAAUUUAUGCCAUAGAAGAAAUCCAACUAAUCAUAUUAAUAUCAACAAUCAGUUGAUUGAUAACGAUGCUAACAAGCAAACCUUAUCUAGUUCUGCUGAAACAUUUGAAGUCAACAAUUUAUCAUCAAAUUCUGUCUCAACUAACUAUAGUCGACGUCCUACUUUGAUGACUGCUUCAAAUUACUUGAAAUCAAAUUCGACUAACACGAACAGUACUCAACGGAAAUCUGUUAUUAGAAAAAGUCCUAAUUCAUCGACUUUAAGAAAUGGCUCUUUCCGAUCAGAGAACAUUGAUACAUUCGCUACAUGCAGCUCUCCGAAGAAAUCGAUACACAGUUUUAAAAGAAGAUCUAAACAACUGAUUAGUUCAGUCAGUCAAAUAUUACCUAUUACAGAACCUGAUGAUAACACACCUAAAUGUUUUUCAAACCUUUAUUGUGAGAGUGAUUUCCAGUUGCUUUCAAAAUCACCAUAUGAACCUUGGCAAGAUGAUAUUGGUCGACUUGCUUCAGUGCAUGAUUUCAUUAACUUUGUAUGCUUUCACGACUGCUCAGCGACUGGAGAUCCUAAUACAGAAUGGUUCGCCAGUCCAUACAAUAUGCAGAGUUUACCUGUGCCACGUACGUUACAAAGUAAUCUAGGGACAUCUAACUCCGAUCAUAAUAAUAAAAAAUGUCCAAAAAACCCCAACAUAUCAACUCAGCGCAAAAGUUACGAAUCUGCUAACUUACACCGUAUAAUCAACAACGUUGCAAAUCGUCAAUCUGUAAAAUGUUCACCAGUCACAAGGUCAACUAGUUUAUGCGUGGCUAAAAAGCUUGCAUCUAUUCAACCAUCUCCGGCUGUAUAUUCUUCAAAAUCACCCAUUUCUUCACCUUUAAAAAUGGGUGUACCUGAUAAUUGCUUUUUGUUUGAUGGAUACAAAAUUUGCGUCGAGGAAAAUGAGUCGUCCUCCACAACUUUAAUAUCUUCAGCUGCAUCCUUUCAAACAAGUAAACUUAAGGUCAUGGACCAAUAAGUUCAAUCUAUAAUAUUCGUUAUCAUCGGUUGUCUGUUCAGUUCUAUCCCAUUUUUUUGUGUGGAUUCUCUAUAUGCUCAGAAUUUUAAUAUAAUUCACAAUAAUACCUUUUAGAAUACCAUACAUAAACACCUAUUUGCUAAAACCGAGAUGAAUAUGCAUGCAGAAUACAAUUUUAUUUUGAACAGUAAUGAGCCACAACUGCUGUCACAGAAGAAUUAUUAGGCGAGACUAUAAGUUAGAGACGAACCAGUCAGGUAUAAGAUAACAGGUUUCGGGUUUUGGCACGAAAUCCACUCAUCCAUUUGGUUAAAUAGAGUUUUGGCAUCAUAGCUGAUGUCAGUUCGUGAUGAAAACCUUAAGUCUAAUUCCUGAUUUUAACCGCCAACCGUAAGUCACAAUUCUAAUUCCUCACACAGGUUUAUAGCCCUCAUUUGAUCCUAGUUAUUAGGUGGACACUCAAAGGUCGUCCAUAAACUAUAGUCUAUAAUUUAUGGACGACCUUUGAGCGACGGCAGACUGACUUUAGGAGUGUACACCUGAUAACUUAGACCAAAAGAGGGCUAUAAAUUAGUGUGAGGAAUUCGAAUUAUGAUUAACAGUUGAUAGCUAAUGUUAGGAAUUAGAUUUAAGGUUCUCAUCACGAACUGACAUCAACUAUUAUGUUAAGACUCUACCUAGCUAAAUGGUUGAGUGUUAUAUUAUGCCUGAUUGGCUUGACAAUAAAUUAUAGUCUUGCCGAUUGGUGAGUUUCAUCUUCAGGUUCUUCCACAACGAACACCCUCAUCUUCCGUAUUUUGAUAUUAUACUUAUUUUUAGCAUCAUAUACUCACAAUGGUCGGCACCCUUCAGCGUAGUACUGUAUCUAAGCCUUUUUGCUCACACGCGAUCUGAAGAAAAGACUGUGUAUUUACACUUGAAUUAAUCUUGCUUUUGUGUGUUUAUUGCAUUGAAAGUACACUUGCUCUACUUUAACUUGAAUUAUUUCUGUUAGAGCUUGGAAUCCACUUCAAAUAUGUUUUGUGACAAUGGUUUUUAGUUUAUCUUAACAUUAGUGAUUAUCUUGUGUAGCUUUGUUAAUUUUUCCCUAUAAACCUGAUUAAAUUG